AAAAUAAAGCCAAAACGCUGCACAUACAUUUACAAUUGAGAAUAUUUUAUGCUGCACUCCUUUUAAAGGCUUUUCCCUGCAAACUACCAAACCCACCCUCCCAAAACCCAAGCGAAACAGCUUAAAAUUCUAGGAAAAUAAUGUCUCAUUUCGGCGAUGACAGCUCCUCCGUGGAGGAGGUUUCAUCGGCGGAGGAAAGCUACGACACGGAGUUUCGGUCGUACCCAGACGACGCCUGGUAUAGUGUUCGAGUAUUGUUAGAGGGCGAAAGAGGUGAUAAGCUAAGAGUCAAGUACGAAAACUUCCCUGAGGAACACGACAACGUUUUCCUCGCCGAACGUUUCAAGUCCGAGGACGAGCUUUACGACUUCAUAGCAAGGUUCCGUAAGGUCUCCGCCCAGCUCCAGGAUCGCGACUGCUACCAGGUCGUCAGAGGCAUGCGUGUUUGUGCUUCUGAUUCUUUGGGCAACGACGACAAUCUCUUUUACGACGCCAUUGUCGAUGAUGUGGUGCAUAAGAAGCAUUCUAAUGUAAAUGGAGAAGAAGAGUGUGAGUGCACCUUCCUGCUCUUUUGGCUACAUGGCCCUAACGUUGGGAAUGUAGUAGAAAAGGGGGUCGCAAGUAUAUGCCUUCUCCAAAGUGCAGAGUUAGAACCAAAACUUGCAACUUUUAUGGAGAUAGCAACGCAGAAAAUAGAGAAAGCUUUGUGUAACUUUGGUUCUGACACUAUUGAUGAUGUUGCUUUCAAUCCUGUUUUUCUACAUGAAGCAAAUGGUAGCCCAAUUGUCAAGCAGAAUCUAAGUUCUAUUGGGAGAUCAAGACAAGGAAAGUGUUCUCAGCGUUCUUUGAGUAAAGUGUGGCCAUCAGAAGCUGUUAUAGGAGGGGCAAAAAUUCGUAGUGAAAAUAGACAGGAUACUGAUAUAGGAGGGGAAAAAAAGUAUCACAUGAUACUAGUUCAGAAUCUUGAAAAGGAAUUGUCUUCAUCAACAGUUCUCGAAUUCAUACAUAAACAAACCUCAAUUGCAUCUCAAGCAUAUAUUUUUCCAAGUUUACCAUGGGAGUCAUACACCAAUGGUGUCAUUGUGUUGGAUUGCAGAAAAGAUCUUGAACAGUUGUUUGGUUUUUUGGACAAUCCUAAUCACUUUGUUGUGUCCUCAAAUGGGAGAUCAUCUCUUCAUAUCACUGCCUGCAGACCAUGGGUGGCUGCUGGAAAAAUGUCAAUGAAUGAUCAUUGGACCGUGAUGCUUGAAUCCCCUAAAAAAUUACGAAACAGAAGUGGUGGUGGAUUUAUCAAUGAAUUGAAGCUUGUUUGUUUUGGGACUGAGGAAUACAAGAGAGCUAAGGAGCUGAGGGAUUUAUUCUUGCAGUUUAUCGCUCAUCAACACGGACUUUACAAGAAGCUGUGCAUGGAAGAGAGAAGCAUAGCCUUCUCAAGCAAUCAACUGGUGCAACUGCCAGAUAAAUCCUAGGUUCUUUCACGUAUCGAGUGUCUCUGCUUGAAGGUGAUUAACUCUGUUACACAAUGUUCAUAUGUUGUAGAGAAAAAGAAAAAAUCAAUUACCAGUAACUGUGACUAAGCAAAGAAAAUUUUGGUUGUAUAGCCAUUGUGCUUGUGUGUUAAGUUGUGCAGCUGCCUAUACUUAGCGAUUUCAUAUGUAAAGUCGAAAUCUAUGAUUUUAAUAGCAGGUUU